AUGGCACUUCGAGUUGAUUAUGAAGGCAGCAAUGACGUCGGAGUAUUUUGUACCUUGACUAAUAGCUACUGCCUUGUUGGAAUCGGUGGAACUCAGAAUUUUUACAGCACGGUAGAGGCAGAGCUCGCAGAAGUCAUUCCAGUUGUGCAUACUUCAAUUUCUUCUACCCGUAUCGUUGGUCGAGUAACUGUAGGAAAUAGACAUGGGUUGCUCGUACCAAACGGCACUACAGAUCAAGAGUUACAACACUUGAGAAAUUCCCUGCCAGACGAGGUAAAAAUCCGACGAGUUGAUGAACGCCUGUCCGCUCUAGGAAACGUGAUAGCAUGUAAUGAUCAUGUUGCUAUUGUACAUGCCGAAAUAAGCCAGGAAACAGAAGAGGCACUAGUCGAUACUUUAAAGACUGAGGUAUUUCGAGUGAGCCUCGGCCAGAACGCUCUUGUAGGAUCAUAUUGUGCUCUAUCAUCGCAAGGAUGUUUAGUAGCUGCUCGUACACCUCCAGAAACUCAACGAGAACUCGCUGCUUUAUUGCAAGUGCCGGUAGUUGCUGGCACGGUCAAUCGUGGCUCGGAACUUAUUGGGGCCGGAAUAUGUGUGAACGAUUGGGUGGCAUUUUGCGGUUUGGAUACUACCUCGACAGAACUUUCAGUAAUAGAAUCUAUAUUCAAAUUAGGUGACCAUGGUCAACCUACUGCAAUCAGCACACAGUUGAGAGAUACUCUCAUUGAAAGCUUGCUCUAA